CUAUCUGGGUUUAGGAUACGUUUUAAAUGUGCAUACAGAAUGAGGCGCAGUCUUUUGUGGUACUCAAUCUAACGGUCUCUGACUUCUGUCGUUGAUUACCCUCGAUUUUAAUUAACAGUCCUGCAAAGUCAGUGAAGCACUGGGAGGGGUUGGGGGUUUUGGGAGAAAUGAGGCGCGUAAGCUCCGCGUCCUCGGCGUGGAUAAGUGCCUGUCAAGAUCAGGAGACAGACGGUCGUGAACCCGCGCUCCCUGCGGAUAACUGCAAAACGCGGCUCCUUGUAUUGUGCACAUGCUCCUGAACAUCUUCAGCUCAAACCUGCUGUAAAUUUUCAGGAAUAAAACAUGGAACAGAGUAUUUUUCCUCGCUCCUUGUGGACUAAUGACAGCAAAUUUCUCCAUCACCAUGUGGCGGAUUUCUUCACCAGUGUACAAGUUACACAGGAUAUACCUGCUGGUACAUCAUUUGGACCUUGUGUUCUUCAUAAUACCUUUUAUGACACUAUAGCCUUCAUUGCAUUGAAGUCCUCUGACAAACGGAAUAAAUCAUAUGUAUUUCGGAUAGAUCCUGAGGCGAUGAAGGGUUCUCCAUUAGUAGUUCCUUGGCUGCGGUUGGUACAGGCUGCAAUGAGCGCAGAAGACCAGAAUACUGAGGCCUACUUGAAAGGAGGACAGCUGCACUUUCAGACUAUUCGAGAUGUGAAGCAAGGGGAGGAACUGCUUGUUUGGUACAAUGAGGAGCUGUCACAUCUUUUGGGGUUGGAGGACAUAAAGACAAAAGCACUGACAGAUGGCUACACAUGUUUGAAAUGCGGCCAGGCCUUCAAGAACGAAAACCCUUUCCUUGCCCACUGUCGUUUUUUAUGUGGACAGGAAAAAGUAGAUAUUAUCAGACCAACCAAUGAACAGAAACAAGACGUCAAGCGACAGCGCAAAAUCAUAGAUUUUCACAACAUUGCAAGAGAUCUAGAACACAAAAAGAACAGUUCUCCUGAAGACAUGGGCAUACCUAGGAAAAGAAAACAAGAGGGUUCCUUAAGUCCCCAGAGCAAAAAAACUGCAUUAUUGGAGAAAACCAACAUCACUAAUUACAGCAACACCGCCAACAUCAACAAAGAUGGUCCAGUUUUGCAGGAUUUGUCAGAAUCAGACAAUUUAUCAACAAUUGAGUCAAAGAGAAGUAAAAGCAGUGCAUUUACCGUGGUUAGAAAACCCUCAGGACAGCCAAACCCCAAGCAGACAUCACGGGAUGGAAUGGCUUCUGAAGUAGGCCUGCAAUCCGACUGCAGCGCGUUCUCGUUUGUUGUACCCAAGAGUGUGCACUCAGAGCAGAAAAGAGCAUUCUGUGACCCCAACAAACGCACCAUCACCGAAGUUCAGAAUACUUCACUACCAGAUUCGGAUAAUAUCUCAGACUCUUUCAAAUCAAAACCUGCAUUAGGAUACAGAAAUGUAUUGGCUUCGCACCUGUUUCACACUGACUUGCCAAGCGCUCAUGCAGGUGGAGUGAUGUCUGCUACUCUGGCUACAGAGGGAUCCUUUUAUUAUCUGCCCGAGCAUUGGACCAGAGCUAUAGGUGGCCAGCUACAGUCUACUUCUUCUUUGACACUUUUGCCCUCUACUUUCACACCACUGAGUGUUUCAGUGCAAAACUGGUGUGCCAAAUGCAACCUCUCAUUCCGAAUGACCUCUGACUUGGUGUUUCACAUGCGGUCACAUCAUAAGAAAGAGUUCGCCACAGAGGCUCAGGUGAGGUGGAGGAGAGAAGAGAAACUCACCUGUCCCAUCUGUCACGAGUACUUUCGAGAGCGUCACCACCUUUCACGUCACAUGACAUCACAUAAUUAAGAAGAAAUACUCUAUCGCAUUUUAACCAGGUACAUAGAAGUAAUUAUUUAAAAUGCAUCGCCCGUAAAUAAUGC